CCAGUUGAGUACAAAUAUCAGGCUUCUUGUCUGAGUCCAUGCCUGCCUGCCUUCUCCACUCCUUUGCUUUGGUGAAGCCAAGAUGAGGUUCACAAUCAUUUUUGCUGGACUUCUUGGUAUACUCCUGGCUCCUGCCUUUGCUGACUAUAAUAUCAACAUCAGCGAUAACAACAACAGUGGUGGAAGUGGGCAGCAGUCAGUGAGUGUCAACAAUGAGCAUAACGUGGCCAAUGUUGACAAUAAUAAUGGAUGGGACUCCUGGCAUAUGCUCUGGGACUAUGAAACUGGCUUUGCUGCAAUCAGAGUCUUUCACAAGAAGGCGUGCAUUGUGCACAGAAUGAACAAGGAUGCCUUGCCCUCUCUUCAAGCCCUUGAUGCCAUGGUCAAGGAAAAGAAGCUUCAGGGUGAAGGACCAAGGGGACCACCUCCCAAAGGCCUGAUGUACUCCAUCAAACCCCAACAAAGUCAACAACCUGGAACAGUUGGAAAAUCCAUCGUUGGCAUGUGCAAAGGGGUUCCAACGUACAUGGCAGAAGAAAUUCAAGGGGCAAGCCUAUUUUUUUACUCGGGAAAGUGCUUCAGUGUUAAUGUACUCUGGAUUGUGAACAUUUCCUUAUGUGGAAGUACAGAAGAAAACUGAAAAAGAUGUUGCUAUGGAUUUAGUCAUAAAAUAUUCUAUGCAGAAAAAUGUAGGUUCUAAUGUUUUCUGUCACCUCAUUCUGAAAUAUUUUCUCCUAGUUAUGUCUGGUUUCUUUAAGUUUCAAUAAAACUAUUUAGCACUGAA